CACAUCCGGCACAUCCCUACUACUAGUAGUCCUAGUUGGUGUUCUGUUGUUAUAUUCAAAGAACUAUAAUUUAUAAUUCUGUAUAAAUAAUACGGUUUUGCUUUGAUUUUCUCAAUUCCAAGUUGUGUUGUGCAAUAUUGUGCAUAUUUCAGAUAUACGUACAUUACACAUUAAAAAAUAUUAUUCUGUGGCAGUAAGUUUAUUUUUUGUUUUGGUAUUAUUUUAUUGUCAAGAUGGCCCUUUUUUCAAGUUCGAAGCCAAUAUUUUUACGGGGUAGAUUAAUCACUGGAAUUUUAUCAGCAAUGGCAGCUACAAACGUUGAUUAUAAACAAGCUAAAACCAUAUAUGAAUUCACAGUCAACGACAUCAAAGGAGAGGUUGUGUCUCUUGAGAAAUAUAAAGGACAUGUUUGCAUAAUAGUAAAUGUAGCUUCCAAGUGUGGUUACACUGACAACCAUUACACUGAAUUGAAUGAAUUAUAUGAUAAAUACAGUGAAACCAAAGGACUGAGAAUACUAGGAUUUCCAUGUAACCAAUUUGGAUCACAAGAGCCAGGUGGUAACGAUGAAAUCUGUGAGUUUGCCAAAAGGAAGAAGGUUAAUUUUGAUAUGUUCGAUAAAGUUGAUGUAAAUGGUGGAAAUGCUCACCCACUAUGGAAGUUCUUGAAACAUAAGCAAGGUGGACUUCUGUUGGAUAGUAUAAAAUGGAAUUUUACUAAGUUCAUUGUUGACAAAAAUGGUAUACCAGUAGCAAGGUAUGGUCCAAAUACUAGUCCAAAGGAUUUAGAAAAGGAUUUGGAGAAGUACUGGUGAAUUUCAUCAUAUAGAUUGUUCAAGCUACUAAUAAUAAGUUGAGCUUUAUUUGAAACCUAGUGUGAUAUAUCAUUGUACUAUUGUGGACCGGUUUUGGUUAUGAUAAAUAUAUAUAAUUGAUUAUAAAAAUAUAUUGUAUUAAUAAUAAUGGAACUAUUCAAAUUAUUGAAAUAAAUGUAAUUCUUCAGA